CAGUCGUUCACAGUAGAUGCGCGUGCACAAUUUCUCGCCAAAAAUGUCUCGCUGGGGCGAUGAAAAAACGUUGAAAUUUGUAAUUUUAUAUCGGAACAACGAGUGCCUAUGGAAUCCGCAUAUACCACAGUACAAAAACAAUAUUGCAAGAAAUAAUGCAUAUCAAGAUUUAUUAACCAACAUGGACGAUCCUACUUUGACUGUGAAAAUUAUAAAAUCAAAAAUCAAGAACUUGAGGUCCGUUUACCACAGCGAAUUAAAAAAAAUUGAGAAUUCCAAGCGAUCCGGUUCUGGUGCCGCUACUGUGUACAACCCAUCUAUGUCCUGGUUUCACGAAAUGCAUUCUUUCCUUGGAGACACUGGCGAUUACAGGGACCCUAUUUCUAUGGAAUUGAUACAAGACAGAGACGAGCCAUCGCAAGAUUCACAACCAAGUGACGCUGUUUCAUAUUCAAACUCGUUGACGCCGCAAUCGAUGAAUGUGUUAUCACCCUCUCCUAGUCCAACUACAGAAGAUCGAUCACAAUCGCGUUCAUCUAAUAACUCAUCAACACGACGUAGAAAAAGAAGCUUACAAGAAGAACCCAUUACAUAUGCUCUCGAUCGUUUACAAAAUAUUAGUUCUGCUAUAAAUGCACCGCCUAAUUACGACGAAUUCCAUUAUUUUGCUCAAAAUGUUGCAGCUCAAUUGCGAACUCUACCAUUGUACGACGCAUUAGAUGUACAACAUGAGAUCCAAACAAUUCUGACUGCAGCAAGACGUCGACGCCAGUACCCAAAUUUGUCUCCCUUUACACAAACAAUGACUUUCAUACCUCCCAGUACAAACACAAAUACAGUCACUUACACACCUCCUACUACAAACACACAGACAAUGACUUUCAUACCUCCCAGUACAAACACAAAUACAGUCACUUACACUCCUCCUACUACAAACACACAGACAAUGACUUUCAUACCUCCCAGUACAAACACAAAUACAGUCACUUACACUCCUCCUACUACAAACACACAGACAAUGACUUUCAUACCUCCCAGUACAAACACAAAUACAGUCACUUACACACUUCCUUACGCGUUAUCCCAAUCAGAUUCUACUGUCUCUGAAGAAGAUUUGUUGAACAAAGCAUGGAAAAUGUGUUAAAGUUAAAUUUAGUUUAGUAAGUUUUUAAUCUAGAUUUUAAACAAUAAAUACUUGAUUUAAACUAAUAAUCACUGGUUUACUUUACUUACCCGCAUAUAAUCCUUCAGAACAUUGUAUAUUGCAUCACACACUUCAGGUAUAAAUAGAGAUAUAGUAGACCUUGCAACUCUGUGAAGUGCUUCUAAUGUGUAUAACGAAUCUCCAGUUGCUAGAUACCUCAAUGUCACUUCCAGUUUCACUUUUGGUGGAAUAGCAUUUCGCAUGUGUGUAUCUUGUUUCUUUAUAGCGCUUUCAACUUUAGAUAGUAACUCGUCAAACUGAUGCGGUAACAUGCGCAAAUGAUUUUUGUAACCAUCAAUAUCUUCUUCUCGCAUUUCUACUAGCAAUCGAGUACUUGCUCCAAGUUGUUCCCUUCUACUUAGCCAAUCACGGACCCAAAUCUUCCUAUUCCUUUUACAUUGGUUUUUUCUCUUUCUACCUGAGAGAAGUCUUCGGAUGCAUUGCAACGAUAGCAAAAGAAUAACUUUAUUAAGCUCCGUACGGAUGGUUGUUUCAUCGUCCAUGGUUUUGUUUGAACUAACAAAGAGCAUGCUAAAAUCGCAUUUGUGUUGGAGUGUUUGCUUUGAGCAUGCUUAUUUAGUAGCAUACUUAAAACUAGCAUGCUUAUUGCUAGCAAAUGUAAACAGUUCAUAAGCAUACUCAUAUUAAGCAUACUAAUAGCACGUUUUUUAGCAUGCUAGUAAUGAGCAUGUGUAACUGUA